AUGAGAGCAACAGCCUUUGUCCUCAUGGCUCUGGCACUUACAACCAUCUUCAAUGUGGGAUGUGCCAAACACGGUCAUCAGGUUGAUUGCAGUAAGUAUAGAAGGUUACCACCAUUAGAAGAGAGAUCUUGUUUUAGAAUGUAUGCACCAAUUUGUGGAUCUGAUGGCAACACUUAUCGCAAUGAUUGCUUCUUCUGUUCUGAAGUGGAGUAA